AUGGAUUCCGAAUCCGAGCACGAGCACCGCGACGUCAACGAUGUCGAGAGCGAGUCCGAGGAGGAAGUGGAAGAGACAAAGCCCAAGUCGGCGCUGAAGAAGCCAAGAGAGGCGCCGGUGCAGAUCGAGCGCCCUGAGCUGCCCGAGCAGCCUGACCCAAAUACAAUCGACUUUUCCACGCUGAGCCCGUUGUCGCCCGAGAUCAUCUCGCGCCAGGCCACCAUCAACAUUGGCACCAUCGGCCACGUCGCCCACGGAAAGUCGACCGUCGUCAAGGCCAUCUCCGGCGUGCAGACAGUCCGUUUCAAGAACGAGUUGGAGAGGAACAUCACCAUCAAGCUCGGAUACGCAAACGCAAAGAUCUACCAGUGCGACAACCCCGAGUGUCCGCGUCCGACAUGCUACCGAUCGUACAAGAGCGAGAAGGAGGUCGAUCCGCCGUGCGAGCGCGAGGGCUGUGAGGGCAAAUACCGCCUCAAGCGCCACGUUUCGUUCGUCGAUUGCCCCGGUCACGAUAUUCUCAUGAGCACGAUGUUGUCAGGCGCCGCCGUCAUGGACGCCGCCCUCCUGCUGAUCGCCGGAAAUGAGACUUGCCCUCAGCCCCAGACAAGUGAGCACUUGGCUGCCAUCGAGAUCAUGAAACUCAACCACAUCAUCAUCCUUCAGAACAAGGUUGACCUGAUGCGGGAAGACAGCGCUGCCUCCCACUACGAGUCGAUCCUCAAGUUCAUCCGUGGAACAGUCGCCGACGGCUCGCCCGUCAUCCCCAUCUCUGCCCAGCUGAAGUUCAACAUCGACGCCAUCUGCGAGCAGCUUAUCAACAAGAUCCCCGUCCCCGUCCGUGACUUCACCACAAAGCCCCACAUGAUCGUCAUUCGAUCCUUCGAUGUCAACAAGCCCGGUGCCGAGAUCGACGAGCUAAAGGGUGGUGUUGCUGGUGGAUCUAUCCUGACUGGUGUAUUGAAGCUAGGCGACGAGGUCGAGAUCAGGCCCGGUAUCGUUUCCAAGGACAACCAGGGCAAGAUUCAGUGCAAGCCCAUCUUUUCGAGAGUUGUUUCUCUGUUCGCCGAGCACAAUGACUUGAAGUUCGCCGUCCCUGGUGGUCUUAUUGGUGUUGGUACCCGCGUCGACCCUACCCUCUGCCGUGCCGAUCGUCUUGUCGGUUUCGUCCUUGGUCUCCGUGGCCAUCUCCCCAACAUCUACACCGAGAUCGAAGUCAACUAUUUCCUUCUCCGAAGACUGCUCGGUGUCAAGACCGCCGACGGCAAGCAGGCUAAGGUUGCCAAACUGGCAAAGAACGAGGUUCUCAUGGUCAACAUUGGUUCGACUGCCACCGGCGCUAAGGUUGUCGCUGUGAAGGCUGACGCUGCCCGUCUAACUCUCACAUCGCCCGCCUGCACAGAGAUCGGUGAGAAGGUUGCUCUGUCCCGACGUAUCGAGAAACACUGGCGUCUCAUUGGUUGGGCCAACAUUGUUGCCGGAAACAUCCUCGAGCCUAUCGUCGAUUAA